UGGUGUUUCAUGAAGCAGUUGCGAAGUAACUGGGUUUGCUUGAGAUGUCUUUUUUCUUAGUGUCAUAUUAGCGCCUGAUUCGCCGGCGCCCCGAAAGUAUGAAAGGGCGCCCGAACUCCUCGACCCCAGUGCCUUCGUUUCACCCAUGGCAACUGUUUUGGUGCUCUCUGUCAGCGGCGAUGAGCUGUUAGGGCCCACGUACUUCGAGGCGCCGCCACGCACGUCCGAACUGAGGCAUCAGCUGCAAGUGUCACUCCAACCGGGGCCCAGUCAGGAGAUCGUUCUGCACCGAGACGGCACCAUUCUCUCUGACAGCAAGAAGUUGGAGGGCGGAACGGCUGAGAAUCCCCUGGUCCUCUCCAUGGUGAUGACGCCAAAGACCUUCCAAGCAGUUUUUUGGGGUGCCGCACCAUUGGGGAAAGAAGUUUCGAACCAGCUGGGCCAAGGCAUCCAAGAGGUCGCUUCCACAAAGUUGGCCUUUGCCGCCCUGACGACCUCUGGUUCUGUGAUCACCUGGGGCUCAAGUGACGAUGGAGGCAACUCCGAAGGUGUUGCGGGCCUCGACGAGGGCGUUUUGCAGGUGGUUGGCAACGGCAGGGCCUUUGUCGCCCUGAAGACGGGCGGAAAGCUCGUGGUUUGGGGCAAUGCCGAGGCCGGUGGCAAGCCUCCGCCAGAGGUCUGCGACCAGCUGCGCAGUGGAGUUGUGUCGGUUGCACGCACGCAAGAGGCCUUCGCCGCGUUGAAGGAGAAUGGCGAGGUGGUCACUUGGGGAAACCCAGCGUACGGUGGGGACAGCAGCUCUGCAGCCGGAAGCCUCGAAAACAUAGUUUCCGUAGUUGGUACUUGGGGCGAGCGUGAUGCGGCAUUUGCAGCCUUGACUGCAAGUGGUGGAGUUGUGACCUGGGGCCAUGCAGACACCGGUGACAUGGGCUCAAGUGCAGAGAAGCUGCACAGCGGUGUCAAGAGCAUUUGUGCCAGCGGCUGCUCCUUUGCUGCCUUGAAAGAGACGGGUGAAGUGGUUUGCUGGGGAGAUCCAGAGCGGGGUGGGGAGCCGGUCGUGUUUUUUUCCGAAAAGGAUGAAGGGAGCACGUACUCCGUUCAGGGAGAGCUCGCUGCCGGGGUAGUUUCGAUCGUUGCUUCCGACGAUGUUUUCGUGGCCCUCAAGGAAGGAGGCAAGGUUGUAGCCUGGGGGAUGGGAGCAGACGGUGCUCACCUCAAGGAAGAAGUUGCCAAAGAGCUGGAGAGCGAUGUGGUGUCGGUCUCACCCAACAAGGCGGCCUUUGCAGCGCUGAAGCCCGGUGGCCGCGUUGUCACUUGGGGUGUGGGUGUGUAUGGAGGGGACUCCAGCAGCGUGGCAGAGCAGCUUCAGAGCGGCGUUGUUAAGAUACCUUUCUUCUCGCUGCCCAUCAUCACCUUUGCAGCCGUGAAAGAGGAGGGCUCGCUGGUCGUUUGGGGCGGAUUUGAUGACAGUCUCACAGAAUAUGCGCCGCACGAUGAGUUGCAGAGUGGUGUGGUGGAUGUAGUUGGCUGCUGCGGGAGCUACGUGGCAUUGAAGUAUGCGUCAGUGACCCCAGACUGAAAAGUCUGACAAACCGCUGAAUAGAAGGAUU